AUAGUCAUUUGGAAGAAUUUCCUACUCUCCUUCACUGUGCAGCCAGAUUUGGAUUAAAGAACCUUGCAACACUUCUACUCAGUUGCCCUGAGGCCACACGGGCUUGCAGAAUAACCAACAAAUAUGGAGAUGAUCCAGCAAGCAUCGCUGAAAAGUACGGGCACAGGGAACUAAGAAAAUUAAUCAAAGAGUUGUCAAAUGAAUUGACAGAUAAUUCCACCAAAUGUGAGGAGGAAGCAGAAGAUGAUGACACUUAUGUGCUUAUGUUAGGCUCAGAAACUCGACCAGCCAUGACAAUAAAAACCGACCAGAACCCAGGAGAUCAAUAUGGAAUUGAAUCGAGAUGCCAACAAGAAGCUGAAGUGGAUGAGGAAAGGAAAGAUGAUGUAGAAGUCAGCAGAGAGGAAACAGAACAUGAAGAUCAAGAAGAGGAAGAUUCAUACAGCUUUCGCAGCAGCCCUGACAACCUGUACGCCAGCAUACCUGAUGACCUCAAAGAGGACAGAAGAGGCUGCUUCUUCUGUAAGGGGCCACCCCCUCCUCCCCCUCGAAAUCUGCCUGGCAUCCUAAAACAGGAUGAUCUGCACAGUUUAUCUCAAGACAUGAAUUUUGUGGAGGACAGAGGCGAAACAGAACAUGGUGAUGGACUCCUAAUAGCAUGCUACAGAGAAGACCAAGAUACGUGCAAGAGAGACAGUGAGGAGGAAGACCCAUACACGUUUGCGGAAUUGGAUGAAUCUGUGUACGAUUUCAUACUGGCUGAGGAGGAGAAGGAGGAGAAGAGGAAAGAACGCAGAUCUUUUAUCAUGAACAGGCCCCCAGCCCCUGCUCCUCGGCCCCUGUGUUCACCAGCCAGAGACGAGAACACUCCCUACAUAGUACAAGUGUUUCAGCAAAAGGCCACUCAAGUGCCCAAUGACAAUGGCAGGACCUACUGCGAUGCCAGGAAGCCCGCACACAGAGGCUGCACUGACCCAGUAACUGAUAGCACUGCUGCUGAACAGGAAGAACUCAUCCAUUUGCAGGAACAGGUGAAAAAGGGGGCAAUUUCUAUGGAUGAAGCCCUUGACAGAUUUAAACAGUGGCAGAAUGAAAAACAGAGACUGCAGUUUACUCAACAGGAAAAAGUGCACCACCUUAGAGACGCCACUAUGGAAAACAGACUAGAAAAGGAAAAUCUGAACAUUCCUAAGGAAAGAAGACCAGAGAGCAUUCAUUUGAGAGACUUUUUGUUCCACAUGCCAUUUAAUAAAGCG